GGUCUUCCAAAAGAAAUACUCAUUUUGCCAUUAGAUCUAUCUAACGCGCACGCUAAUAUCAUACACUUACUACACAUUAUCUUUUUCUCAACUCCAAUAGAUAACCGUUCCACCCUCAGCUCCGCCGCGAACGGCAUUGUUCCCAACGCCGCUGUACAAAAGACACGCUAUUGCUUCGAAUAAAUACCUUGCCUCAAAUCUCUCUGCGUGUUUCCUCUCUUGCUGUCCACCUCAGUUCUCUCCGCCGCCGCCGCCGCCAAACCCCUUCCCCGACGACCUACUUUCAUAUAGUACCUCCUGCUACAGGUCCUUCUCAAAUUCAUGAUAAGGAAACUCUUCUGCAGAACUUGUAAACAUGAUUAUAUGAGAAAGAGUUCUAAAAGUGCAAGUACCUACCAAGCACUAGAGUCAUUAAGCAGAAAGAAUGGAUUAAUGGAAAAGCCAACAGAGUAUGUUCUUUGUAAUUCACUUAGUUCUUGUGCAAAAACCAUGAAUUGGCAUUUUGGCGUACAAAUCCACGCAUAUACGAUUCAAUCAGGAUAUGAAGAUAAUCUGUUCCUUAGUACUGCGCUUGUUGAUUUCUAUGCAAAAUGUUUUUGCAUUGUGGAUGCAAGGAAGAUAUUUAGAGCCAUGAAAGUGCAUGAUCAAGUAUCAUGGACUUCACUUAUUGUUGGAUUUUCAGCAAAUAAAUUAGGAAAAGAGGCGUUCUUCUUAUUCAAAGAGAUGUUAGGAACUCGUAUUAUGCCUAAUUGUUUUACCUUGACUAGUGUCGUUAAUGCGUGCGUGGGGGAAAAUGGAGUCGUUGAUUGUUGUCCAAGUCUUCAUGUUCAUGUUGUCAAACGAGGAUUUGAUACUAGCAAUUUUGUGAUUAGUUCAUUAGUUGAUUGUUAUGCGAGUUGUGGACGGAUUGAUGAUGCUGUGUUGUUAUUUAAUGAAACUAGUGAGAAGGAUACUGUUAUAUACAAUACAAUGAUCUCUGGAUACUGUCGGAAUCUGUACAGCGAAGAUGCACUGAAACUAUUUGUGGAAAUGCGGGGGAAAAAUAUGAGUCCUACUGAUCAUACUGUAUCUUCGAUUUUAAGUGCUUGCAGCCGUCUCGCAGUGCUUGUAGAAGGAAAACAAGUGCACUCUCUGGUUAUUAAAAUGGGUUUUGAGAAUGUGUUUGUGGACAGUACUCUGAUUAAUAUGUAUUCAAAGGGUGGCGACAUUGAUGAGGCUCGACGUGUGUUGGAUCAGACUUCUUGGAAGAACACUGUGUUGUUGACAUCCAUGAUCAUGGGUUAUGCUCAAUGUGGAAGAGGUUUAGAGGCUUUGGGAUUUUUUGAUUAUUUAUUAACCGAGCAGAAGUUAAUUCCUGAUCAUGUCUGCUUUAGUGCUGUCUUAUCAGCUUGUAGUCAUGCAGGAUUUAUUGACAAAGGGGAGGAAUAUUUCAACAAAAUGAGAACAGAUUAUGGGUUGUCUCCUGAUAUAGAUCAAUAUACUUGCUUGAUUGAUCUUUAUGCUAGAAAUGGAGAUUUAAGGAAGGCAAGGGAUUUAAUCGAAGAAAUGCCUUAUGAUCCUAGUUGUAUAGUAUGGAGUUCCAUUUUGAGUGCCUGUAAGAUUUAUGGAGAUGUUGAGCUUGGAAGAGAGGCUGCUAAUCAGCUCAUUAAGAUGGAACCGUGUAAUGCAGCUCCAUAUUUAACUCUAGCACAUAUCUAUGCAAGAAAAGGUUUAUGGAACGAAGUCUCUGAAGUUAGAAGCCUUAUGCAACAAAGGGUUAAGGGAAAGUAUGCAUGGAGUUGGGUAUAGGUAGAGAGAGAUGUUAGAAUAUUAUAAAAUAUCUUAGGAUCAGAUUUUAUGUUACUCACUUCCCGUGGAAUGCAUGUUCCAAUUUAUGAUGAAAAAAGCUAUUACUUUCAUGCCACUAAUCAGUGCAUGACUGUUGAUAAUUAGUUGAUUACAAACAAUGGUUGAAUUUCACUUCCUGGGCACCAUAGAGAUUGCCUAAAGCACACUCUUUGUGGAUCUGUGUUAUUUUACAGAUCUCAGGGAUUUGUUAUGUCUACUGUUUGACUUGGAGAUAAUGUUUUCGAGGUGAUUGGAAAGCUAGUAACAAAGCCUGUGAAUGCUGUCGUGGUCAAAAAGUCCCAGCCUCAAGGAAAAGCGAACCAGAUUGAGUAUGAUCAUCUAAAUUGGUUACUCGUUAGGUGGCUUGUUUUGGCUUCUCUCCCUCCUUCAACUCUAGAAGAGAAGUGGCUUGUGAAUUCGUACAAGUUUUUAAAUCCGUCUAUACAAAUUUGGCCUAGUGAUAAGUACGGAUCUGUACUUGAUGAGGUUUUCAGAAGUAUGAGGGAAGAUGUAAGAGCGUUGUUAGAACAGGUUUCGUGUAAAUUCUUUGUCACACUUGAUUUCUGGACUUCCUUUGAACAGAUUUUCUUUAUGUGUAUUAGGAAUUAAUUACUUGAUAUUUCCUU